CCUUCCUAUCCAUCCAUACACCCCUCCUCCCUCCCCCGCCCGUGAGCCCAAUUACUGGCUGCCAUUUUACCUCAAACCGUCCUGCAGACUCCGUUGCACGUCCUGGUUUUUGAUCUGAGCUGCAGGGGAAACUUGAUUCUUGAUUAAUGGUCUGAUUUGACCGGUCAGGCUCCGCAUCGCCAUCCACAAAAUUUCAGUUUGGCUUUUCCGCAUCUCUUAGGACCAUGUUUCCUGAUUAUGUGUGUUUGAGAUCAGAGCAUGCAGUCGGUCCAGACGGGGUUGUGGGAGCCCCACCCCCCGCCUAAGCAUGCCUCGCCCCUACCUGCGCCCCCUCCUUCCAGUUCGCGCCACGCUCAUGUGAACACAGCCACCCCGGCCAAGCGGAUAACUUUUUACAAGAGCGGCGACAGCCAGUUCGGGGGCGUCCGGAUGGCCAUCCACAAGCGCAGCUUCAAAUGCUUUGAUGCCCUGCUGGAUGACCUUUCUCAAAAGGUGCCCCUCCCAUUCGGAGUGCGGACCGUGACCACUCCCCGAGGCACACACACCAUCAAACACCUGGAGCAGCUCCAAGAUGGUGGCUGCUACCUGUGCUCUGACCGGCGUCAGGCCAAGCCCAUUAACAUGGAGCUGGCCGGCAAACGGCAAAGCAUCUGGUACCACCAGAGCCGGAGGCCUCAGCGGCCCGAGACCUCCUCUGGGACCCCUCCCGGCCUUUCGCACAUGCCCUACAGGCAGAGGCGGAUUUUGCUGGUGAAGAACAGCGAGCCGGGCAUGAGGAGGAGCGUCGUGCUGAGCAGGAGGUCAACCAGAAGCCUGAGAGCCUUCCUAGACGAAGUGUCCGAGGUCAUGCAGUUUCAUGUUCGCAAGCUCUACACUGCGGAAGGGCGCAAGAUUGACAGCGUGCAAAGCUUGAUGACUUGUCCUGGCGUGUUGGUGUGUGUUGGCCGGGAAGCCUUCAGCCCUAUGCUCAUAAACUUUAUUAGGAAGACUUCAGAGGAAAAGCUGCCAGGUCUGGGGAGCAAGUCCCCUGGUCUCGGUCCAAGGGUUCCUGGUAACGGUGCCAGGUCUCCCGCGACCCAAGGCAUAAGGUCGCCGCCUCAUGGAGCUCAGUCCAGAGCCAGCGAAUAUGAUGAAAGAAACGAAAGCAAGACAAAUGUGAACUUUGGUCUGGAGACCAAGAAGAGCAUCAUCCACCCCCGAUCUGAUUCUUCAACUCGCUCUGCUCGUUUAUCUUUGUCCUCUGAAAAGUCGUACGGUGUCUUCUCCCAAGCGAGACCGGCCAUAACGAACGACGACAUCGAAAAGCGCAUCCUUGUCAAUAAAGACGGCAGCCUGUCUGUAGAGAUGAGGGUGCGUUUUCGCCUCCAAAACGAAGAGACCGUCCAGUGGUCCACUCAAAUUAAGAAAUCGCCCUCUCUAACUAACGAUUGUUGCCCCGUGAGCCAAGCCCAACCCCAUUACCUGCAGCAAGCUACUUCAGAAAGCUGUUCUGAUCCCGAUUCAACACCUUACGAGGGCGUAGUUUAUUCCAGCAGACCUCUGCAGUGUACACUGGAGGCGAACCAAUGCCAGUGUUGCUAUCAGAGACAUGAACAGCAGUUUGAUUUGUGGGAAAAUCCCACGCACAAGCACCCCCCUGCCCCACCGGCCCGUGCGUCAAAUCACGCUAUGACGAGACACACGCUUUCGUCAAGCUCCUCUUCUUCCUGCAAUUCCAGAAGGGUGAUUCGGUGCCGGGCGCAGCUCUCCGGCUCUCCGGGGGGCUCAGAGCAGAGCCAUUUAAUCCAGAAAGAGAUGUGUCUAACAGAGCAGCUGGAGGAAAGAGUAGAGGUGGCACAGGGCGGGGACACUCAGGUGGAGGUCUGCAAAGUUAGCCGGUGCUGCAGUCGGACGGAGGUGGUUGCCAUAGAUGCCAACGUUCAACCACCCAGCAGAGCUUCAAUGGAGGGGGAGCUGACGAUGGGGGAAGAUGAAAUGCGACCUCUGUCUGCAGUCAGCAGCUCUUCACACAUUCUGCAGUCACUGAAAGAGGACCAGGAUGACGACGAGGACGAUCUGCCGCCCAGCGCUUCCCAGUGCUCCCACAGAAAUAAGCCAUCCCCCACCCCUACCCCAGCAGCCCAGCUGGGUGAAGACCAUGCCAGCAACAUCUCAGCCGGUUCUACCAAGUCGAUCAACCGCAAUAAAAACCAAGAGAACCGAGGAAGCAGGGCAUCAUCCUGUCACUGUGGAGCAACCAACCCUCCCUCAUCGGGUGAACCAAAUGAGAUGGAUCGAGUCCCCAGCUCCAUGUCCCAGGAACCCAAGAACCGAAAAUUAGAGGGAGAGGGGGCAGCCGCAACGGACAGCGAAGAAAUCAACAGGGGUCUUAGUGGUUUAUCCCAUAAUACGGGACUUUCAGCAAGUUCUCAGAAGUCCUGGCCAUCCAAUGUUUGCCAAAACUGUGGGGGUUGCAAACGUGCAAACAGCGCCAUGUCAGCUCAGACGGUCUCGUCUGCCAAGUCCAGCAAGUCCAAGUGUACAACUGAAGCUCUUCUUAUCGCGUCAAACUUGGAAAAAGAAGGAGAGAACACUGCAGAAAGAACAGCCAGCUCCCUGUCAAACAAAUCCGGUGCCUCAGUCAAAUCCCAUAAAUCAGGCUGUCUGUCAGUUACUAAAGAGGCGUCCCCAUUAGACAAAAGAGCUGUGGAAGAAGGUGACACAGACAAAAGAGCUCACAGCAGCCUCUCGGUUAAGUCCAAUGCCACUGAGAAGUCUGGAAGGCCCGAAAGUAUCCUGUCGAAUAAAUCAGAUAAAUCAAAGGUUUCAGCAAAAGCUGGUUCAUCCUGCAAGCAAUGCGCAAAAGCAGUAACUCCAGAAUGCACCGAGAAAGAUGAACGCAACGAUGUGACAGAAAAGAGGGAAGGAUCGGGAGGGGAGGACAGAGCGGCAAGUUCAAUGUCAGCAAAGUCAAAUCUGUCUGCCAGGUCUAACAAAUCCCAUAGGUCCACUAAAGCUUUGGAAAAAUCCAUUUCUCCUAGACCAGAAACUGGGGAGGGCAAAGCAGAAAGUGAAACCAGCCAAAUGUCUGGAAGAUUAUCUGUUAAUCCAACAAAACCCUGCAAGUGUAAUGAUAAUGGAAAAGCACCGUCUCCAGACUUAAAGGUGGUAGACGAUGGUGGAGAGACGGAGCCUGGUUCAGAAAGUAAAACGGCAGAUGAAAUAGGAAAUGAUGGGAGGGUAAGUGGCGCUGGAUCCUGUAAAUCAGCAUCCUGUGCAAAAUCUCACAAUGCAAUCGAAGACUUUGACAGAACCCCGAGUGCUUCUUCAGAAAGAUCCCACACCUCUGCCAAGUCCUCCCAGUCGAAGAGGUCAAACCACCCAAAAGCGUCUCAGAAUGACCCCGAUAUCACUCUGACUGAAACAAACAAGGAGGAGAUGGAAACUGAACACCGUGAGGUCCUUGAGAGUGCCAUGUCUGUAAAAUCCAAAUCUUCAGUCAAGUCCGGGGCGUCCAGCAAGAAUCUCAUAACUACAAACGUUGUCACCAUUAAAACUCCAGAAAGAGCUGAAGAGGAUAGAAACGAGGCAAAAGAAGGAGCACCUUGCUCUGAUAUUGCUUGUACGGAAACGUCACAAGCCAGUAGAAAUGUGGACGACGCUGCAACAAAGGGCACGUUUCCUAUUCACCCUCAUGGCCAAACCCUCUCUCCGAAAAGAAAACCUUCAUCCCGCCCGCACUCCGCCUCCUCCAGAGGUUCUCAGUCCCCUGCGCAAAACCUGUUGCCUUGCUCCGGUGCUGGUGAGCAAAGAGGACCCAGUUCCCUGUCCGUUCACUCCAAAACCUCCAGUAAAGUGAGCAGGUCCAGCUGCUGCUGCGGAAGGGCCUCGGCACUUGACAAGGAGAAUGUAGAAGAAGAUAGGAAGAGCGAGGGUUCGCUGUCUUGCUCGUUAAAAAGAGAGAGGAAAGAAUCGGGUUGCACGGAUCAACCGCUGAGUCGGAACUCGUCGGGGUCGAUAUCUUUAGGGCUGUCGGAGGAUCAGGAAACAGCUGGUUCAGACUGCGGUAAAUCUAGUGUCUCUUUUUGCAACAGUGAGAGGAAGAGUCCCUCCCUCCCCAAUCCUCCGGUGGUUGAUAUCCCAACUAUCGAAACGCCCAGAGGAGGGGGAGAAGAAGGCAAUGAGGCCAGUGGAACGAGAGUCAAAAGCAGCCGGUCUCAUAGAUCCCCUUGUAACUGUAGUGUCAAGUCAGCAGCUCAGUCUGAGGAGAAAAGCACCGGUUCUUAUUCCAAAACAGUUAAAGAAGUGGAUGAGACAGAGAGCGUGAAGUCUUCUGCAACAACGGCUAGCAAAACGGACACCCCAAACGACAGGAGCUCAUCGGGCAUGAAAGGUCAUGGAAAGUCUCCUGCUGGCUUUCCUGCAAACGCUGAUGCGGAAAAGCACAAAACCAGUAGACCAGGAAGCAAGACCAAAGGGGAGGAAGACGUCACAAGCGUCCACUCCCAAAGUCCCUGUGGUCAUUGUCCUGAGUCAACAGCUUCGGUGCAGUCAGAGGGCGAAAAAGCUUCGGAGGAGAGGAGAGUAGCUCUGGAUUCAGUCAAAUCAGGAGCUUGCCAGUCCCACAGAGGAAGUGAGUGUGGAAAGACCAAAGUGUCCAGUUCUGAGCAAAAAGAAACCCCUCUCAAAUCAUCAAGUCGUUGUUCCUUACGCAGCCCCAAACCGGCCAGUAAAGCCCAGCCGGGGAGCGAAAGCACCCUGUCUCACUCGCUGUCUGCCGCGGACCUCCUGAAGGAGACCUUGGCUGCUGCACGGCUGCAGGGCUGCCAGUCAAAAGCCAGCCACACCAGUGACAAGCCCCAAAGCCAGAAAAGUGGGAGGUCCGAGAGAAACAGAAAUCGGAAGGAUCGGGAAGACCUGUUGGAGUUGACGCCUGAGUGUUUGCCCAACGCCUCCCCCAACGAGGUUGUUAGCGACUGGCUGCGCAGCAUCCCCGCUAAUAGCAUGCUCUCACCCGGUAACGAGGUGAACGAGGAGGAAACGGAACAGGAGGCAAAGGAGACGCAGGAGACGCCGACGGAGGAGAUAGGGACAGAGGAGAUGAGUCCCGAGGAGGAGAUGGUGGAGCUGGAGGAGAAAACCGAGCCCCAAGAGGAGGAAAAAAAGGGUGAAGCUGAAGUUGAUGAAGCGGGCCCAACUUCAGGUGAUGCAGCCGGGAUUUCUUCUCGUUCCAGGAACUGGCAUUCCUCUGCAGCACUGAUGAAAGUCCUCUUAAGCUCUUCUCUGGGUCGAUGUCGGAGCAUGCCUGAGGUGUCUCCAGUUUAUGGACGCAGACUGAGCACGUCAGCCAGGGGGCUUCUGGACUGUCUGGCCCAGCUCCAGCUCAUCGAGCCUGCCGUCAGCAGUCAUGAACAGAAGGACCGCAAGCAGCAGUACGAUGAGGUGAUGUCCAUCCUUCAGUCCCUGUGGCUCACUGAACCCCGGGACAUUGACGUCAAAGACACUAAAGCCAGCGGCACGGAGCAGGUGAGUCCACCGAGGUCCUCAUCUGGGGUGGGCAUGAGCAGCGGCUCAGGCGUGUCAGCGAAGAGCAACGGGAACCAAGGAGAAGAUGAGCCGCCUGUGAAAGAAGCCGAAUCCCUGCACGAGGAAGAGGAGGUGGGGAAGGCUGUUAAAGACGAAGGUGGAAAUGCAUCGGCCGGAGACGCAGAGGGGGAGGCUGAAGUCGAGGAGGCAGACAAAGCAAACCCAGUUGAGGAGCUGAUGAAGAGUGAAGAGCAAAGUACUCUUCCUCCCGACAGCUCAAAAGCCACAGAGAACCCUUCGUCGUCAGAAAAGAGCUCGGCCAACGACAGCUCCAAAUCCCCCACCGACAACGAAAGAGACACACAGGAGGAUUCUGGGUCCGGCACCCCUCCCACUGGCCCGCGGCCACCCUUGUCCAAAAGGUUCUCCCUCGACCCCGAUCCGGUGUGGGUCCUACACCUGCUGAAGAAGCUGGAGAAGCAGUUCAUGAGCCACUACAUCGAGGCCAUGGCGGAGUUCAAGGUUCGCUGGGACCUGGACGACAACCUCAUCCUGGACACCAUGAUCUCGGAGCUGAGGGAGGAGGUGAGCCGGCGCAUCCAGAGCAGCAUCCAGCGGGAGAUGAGGAAGAUUCAAAGUCGCGCGGGGAAAGGGGGGCGGUCGCCUCGGCCGCCCCAGUUGGCAAACAUGUCUCGGGAUUCUACCAUGACGGAGAAGAGGCGUCGAAUACUAAAGGUGAUGAAGCAGUCGGUGAAAACUGCCGACUCUCACACGGACGAGGACUUGACGGGGGAGUUCAGCGACCAGCGGAGCGACGACGAGUAUUGCCCGUGCGACGCUUGCGUCCGCAAGAAAAUGGAAGCCCGGCCCUCUAAGAAGAACCCCCUGGCAGCCGAAGCCCCCGUGAUGAUGGAGUUUGACCUCCUGAAGAUCCUUCAGCUCAAGAAAUGCCCAUUACCUCCCCCUCCUGUGCCGCCACCCGCUAGGGAGGAGAGGACGGCUGCAGAAGAAGAAGACGGGAGGAAUCUAGAGGUGGUCGAAGAAGAAGAGGAAGAAGAAACCAAAGAGGAUAUCAAAGCUGAUGUAGUUUUAGAGGAGACGAUUCCGGAGGAAGACGAGGAGGAAAGCGAGGGAAAAGAUGAGAGAAGCGAUAUGGAACUGGAGAAAGAGAAGACCAGUGUUGAGGAUGAGGAGCUGGAAGCAGGAGAAACAAGCGGAGAGGCUGCUGAGCAAGACGAGGCCUCUGAAAAUGGGGAGGAGGAAGAGGAUAAAGGACUAUGCACCUGUCGGUCUGAGAGCAACAACGAAGAAGAAGAAGGCGGCAAGGGAGGGGAAACGAGCAACUGCACAGAUGACGAACAAGACGACAAGGAGCAGCUGGAAGAGUCAGGGACAGGAGACGAGGAGGAAGAAGAGAGCGAUAAGGAGACAGUGAAGGAGGCAAGAACAAGCGAGGAGGAGAAAGAAUGGGAGGACGCCACAAUGGCGGCAAACGAGCAACUGACGCAGGUGGAGGGAGACAUCAGCACGUCGGCAGAGGAGGAAGAUGGUGGCACAGGAGAGGAGGAGGAGACACAGGAAGAGGAAAAACAGGGAGAGAGUGAGGAGCAGGAAGAAGAGGCCUCCGAGGCGCAGAGAGCUUCACCGCAGAGCCGAAAUGCAGUUCCAGCUGUGGGCGUGACGGAUGGAGAAGAAGCAGAUGUGGAGGACUCAGACGACAGUAAGCGUCACAGCGACACCAGCGCUGAAGAAUCUGCACCAGAGGAGGCUGGUGGCACUGAGAAAGAGGAGGAGGAGGUGAAAGGCAGUGGAGAAGAUGGAGAGGAAGAUGUGGAGGAGUUUAGGUCUGAUCAAGAGAGCAAAGAGGAGGAGGAGGAGGCUGCUAAUAGCAAAAGCAAGGACGGGACCUUCCUCCACCAGUUCACCAGGACCUCAGUGGAGUCCCAGUCUGGCUCGAUGGAAGACGUUGAAAUGGAUUUACCUUCAAAUUUGGGAUUACAGAGAAGCUCCUAAAGUGGUAGACACUAUUAGGGUCAAACGGCCAAAAGAACCACGGAGAGCGACAAGGAAGUGGAUGACGACUCAGAGGGCAGCAGGAUAACGGGCUCAUCGCUCAAACAUUUGGUUUUAAGACUCUUUUGAACACUUGAAGCACUUUAUUUCUCCCCAUUUAGUUUACAGGUCAAUCAACAGUGACUUGAUUAAGUAUUCAAACCCCCUGAGGUUUUUCAUAUGUCAAUCUUUAAUGUAUUUCAUUGGGGUUUGAUAGGAUAUAUUGAAACAAAGUAGUGCCUAACUUUGAAAUCAUGGAAAAAUAUACAUAGUUUUUAAUUCUUUUGGUUCACAAAUAACAAUAUGAUUUAGCAAGAUUUAACAAAAUAUACAGUAUACUACUUAGAAAAAUCAUGACUGGGUCAUCCUGGAUUAAAAACAGAUUAUUAAAACUAGUUUAGUUUGGAAAUUUCUCAGAAUUUUGCCUAAAUUGGGAUUUCAAUGCUUUAAUUUGGCAUUUGAACUGAACCAAAUUCAAGAACCCAGGGUUCUCUUUUAAACCCAGACGCAAAAUGAUCCAAAAGCAGCAAAUGACCUUUUUUUCUAGAAUAAGUCUGUAUUAACUUUUAGUGAAUCAAAAAGGAAAAUGGUCAAUAAAUUGGAAAAGAAUUAGCCUUAAAGGAGCAACAAGCAAAAUUUCAUUAUUUUAGAUAGAAGGAAAUAAAAAAUAGUGAUGUGAAGAACUAAUGGUAAUAUUUCAAAUAGGUGGUUCUACCAAGUAUUAACUGUAGGGGCUGAAUAUAAAUCCAUGCUAUACUUUUUCUGGUAUUUUUAAAAACAAAUAUCGAAAACUAUGUAUUAUUACACAAUUAUGUGCAACUUUGUGUUCAGCCUCAUAAAAUCCCAAUAAAAGACAUUGAGGUUUGUGGCUAUAACAUGACAAAAUGUGAACAUGUUCAAGAUCUACUGAUAUUCUUCACUGUACGCACCAUGAUUGUAGAAACCUGAAACUUGAACUUGAAGACCUUUUCCAUCUGGAACCAUAUAACUUAUAUUUGCAACUGGUAUUAAUAUAUUUUAAAAAGUUAAUCGUAAGUAUUAAGAAACAUGUCGGAAAUAUUGAAAUUUUAAUUAGCUUUUGCUCUCAGUGGACCGCAGGUUCAACAUGUAUCAAUUUAUAUAGCCAAUGAUAUUCUAAGUACCUCAGAUAUGUUUUGUCAUAACUUUUUUUUUUUUUUUUUUUUUUUUUUUUUUUUUAGUGGAGCUCGACAGAACCAUUUUCUGUCGGUUUAUCUGUGUCGAUUUUUGUUUUGCUUUCUCUCAUGAAGUACAUGCUUUGUUCUCAGGGGUUCAGACAGCCAGCUUGCUUUUAGACAGAUCCUCUCCUAGCUAUUACUUAACUACCUAAAUCUGUCCCCUGCUGAGAAGUCAGCUGUUUAAAUCUACAAAAAAUGCGGUGAUGUAAGUUGAUUACCUAAAAGAACUUGAUAUUUUGGGAACAGGCUUGUCUAUUUUCUCACAUAACACAUAUAUAUGGUAUUAGAAUGAAGGUCUUUAUAUGCAUUUAGUGUCACAAAAAACCUCAACGCCUGGUACUGAUCAAAGCCCUUUUAUGAAGCAUAAUAAAGAUUGUAUUUUUUUUUUUGGGUUUCCCUUUUGAGGGUAUUUCUUUUGAUUGAACCUAUCCCAGGCGGGGUUUCAUGCUUAUGGUUUAAAGCAAAAGUGGUGCAUGUUUUCUGGACAGUGAGAAUUUAGUGCUUGGUCUGACGAAAGCCUCUUAUUUCUGGUAUUAGGUGACUUGGGGUGUGUGCCUAUGCUGCUGUUGGUCCUGAUGCCUGUCCAAUAAUCUGAGUCAUUGCUAAUAAAACUGAACAUUGUGUACUGAGAGCACAUGGAUAAACAGUAUGAUUGUAAUGAUAAAGACCUCAAUAAAAAUAAACAAGUGGUAAUUUUUUUUCAUCCAUA